UUUUUUUUUACACUACUGUGUAGUGGCUGAUUUUUCAUUUUUAUCUUUAGUUCAUGACUCAUCCCAUCAUUUCUUCAUACCGGAUUUACUCCUACAGCUUUAACUGCCAGACGAAAUUUUGUCUACUGCGCCCCUUCUGGGGUGCAGUAAAAAUAAUAAUAAUAAUAAUAAAUAAUAUGAAUAUACAUUUUGUGUAAAAUGGGUAAACUUUAAAUUAAAGAAAAACUGGUCCAAAUUAUUUGAAUUUAUGCGUAAAAUGAGCCUACGCUGAUAUUGUCCCGCACUGGUUGAAAAUCCUGGCUUGGGCACUGGCAGUAGACACAAUAAAAACGAACGAAUGAGUAUGGAAAACCUGAAAAUAUUGUUAAUGUAUGUAUAAAUGAAGCUGAACCAACUAAUAACGGACUGAUUUCCUAUCAGAUCCUUGAUUAAUAAUAAGUGGUAAUAUAUGCCUACCAACUGAUUUUUAUUUUAAAUUAUUCUAUUUACUAACACGGCUACAUAACAGUGUAUGUUUUUGUUAACAUGUUUUCACAUGUUAACGAUCUGAACUUUUUGUAUCAUAUAUCAUAAUCUGAAAUUCAAAUAGAAUAACAACAAUUGGCCUACUUACAAUAAGGCAAAGCAUUUUAUGAAAAAAAAAUUAAUCCUAUAGCCAUAACCAUACCACACAUAGAACAAGACUGUCUACGCUUCCAACCCUCUGAUUGGCUGGCCAUCGACUUGUUGUGAUUGGUUGACUCUUUUCGGUUUGUAGAUGCUAACCUACAGAAAAUUUAAGGUAAUUUCCAUUAUCUAUACAUAGGAUAAACAUAGAAUUUUUCAUUCGAAUAAGAAUAUAGAAAUUACUUCCUGUGUUGUUUUGUAAGAUUAAAAUAAACUACGUUAACUAACUACGCUUACAAAAGCAUCUACAGCAGUACUUGGUGGUUAUUCAGUGGUUUCUCUGUGUCCACUUCUGAUAAAACUUUAUAUUGAGGAUGCCAGAUAUUUUUUUCUCGUUCAGACGAUGUCUUCUGAUGGUAUUUACUUCAGGACAGCGUUCAGGCUAUGGAAGCACUCAAGAUACGGAAGACGGCCGAUACUCUUCUCUUUUGCUACUAAACUCUGUGUCUUGUUUAUAUAUAAUAAUUCAUAUUUCUACGUUCGUCAACGACAAACCUAUCCACGAUGAAAUGUCUAACGCGAUCAUAAUAAUAAUUUUGACUAUCGCCGUUGUAUUGAUGUUGUUUUUUCUUUGCCGUAGAGUAAUGUGGAUGAAUGAAGAAAAACUGUGGUAUAUCACCGACCAAGUAACAUUCAUACAUCAACAAAAACUUACUUUGUACGGCAUCUAUCUGCUUGGAAUAGGAGUAGUGAUAUUUUCAAUCGUCAAAUUUUUGGCAGUAGUUGAAUGUCUUUACUACCAAUCUAGCAUUUACCUUGUGAGAAAUUUAACAACUUUAACUUUUGAUGCUGGCCGUAUAGUUUUUAUAGGCGUCCAGGUGGUUUUCUUUCGAGUUUUCAAGGCAGUGAAAUUUGUUAGUACGUGCUUCUUUCGUUAUAGUCUUGUGCUCAUAAUCGCUGCUAAUGUCGCUUGCUGGUUUCAGAUAACAAUCGUUGAAUCUAUGGAUCGAAUGAACCAAAUGAAAGGGCCAGAAAAUUCAACCGAUUCUUCGAAAUGUAAUAAUUCCCAAAACGAUUCUAUGAGUUGUAAGUGCUAUCAUAAAGAAACGGGCAUGCUUAAAACUUUAGAAAUUGCGAAGUACAUAUUCAUUCCUUUUGUUACCGAAUACUCCCUAAUAGCAGCUGGGAGUCUCUUUCAUUUAUGGGGAACACUUAAGAUGAAACCUUCCAUCGCCGAAAACAUCCCAGUUAGAGAUAGUAAUAGGUCAUAUGGCAGUAUUCAAGCUCAGAAUCAGGAACCACUUCGUGAAAACGACUGUCCCUCAUCAAUUGUAAUCGCGUCACUUGUAUCGUUAAUCUAUUUGACGACUUCCGGACUUCUAUUUGUAGGGGACUUUUCGGCCAUUAGCCAGUCAUUGCACUGUGCUGUUGAAAUUGUUUACAUCUUACACAUCUGCGUCGUUGGUUUUGUAGGACUCGAAUUGUGUUCAUCUCAAAGAUACAUGAGGGUCGAUUCUCUCACUGCAGACGAGAUAUUACUGAUGAUUUCCACAGUUGGCCUCUUUUUAUAUACUUCGUGUACCUUCGCAUCCUCUGUUGGGGAACUUUGGAUUACCACGUCGGAUGACAACAAUUCCGUGAAACAUCUAUUAUGCAUUAUAAAUAUCGGCCAUUCUAUAACUGAAACACUGAACGUUUGGGUACAGGUCACGUUUAUCAUAGCAGCUCAUCGACGUAGCCAAUCACAUCCUCGCUCCGCGAACUCAUACCGUCUGCGAGAAAUUAUUUUGUAUCUCGCGAUUUGUAAUAUUACCUGGUGGAUAAGCGACAGUUUCGUUGGUACGGUAGUGCCUGGUAAAGAAUCUCCAACUGAUGCCUCGUAUUUUGAAUCAUGGUGGACUAUUUUUCAAACGUUCAUGUAUCCCGUUCUAGUCUUUUAUAGAUUUCAUUCUUUGCUGAUGCUAUGUGGUCUAUAUAUCAAAUUUGAAACUGUUGGUUUACACACACAAUCGACAGGGGCGGAUUUCGUAGAGUGUGAGCUGGGCCCACCCCGGCCCCCACGUUUGGAAAGUAACAAAAAAGAAAAAAGAAAGAAAGUAAAGAAAAAAAACAUUGAUCGCCCAAAACGCCUUAGAGGUUAUUUUAGGGCGUCUAGAAAAAAAAAAUUUCGGACCCCUAGUUUAGUGUUAUAUGAUCGAUCGGCCCAAAUUAGGCCCCUUUCGGACAUCUCUGGAUCCGCCCCUGAUCAAUGGAAAACUGAAUAAUAGAAAAGUCCUAUGUCAAGUGCAAAUUCAUAAGGGAAUGAGAUAAGCGAUAUAUUUGUGUUCGUUAGUACCUUAGUGAAAUUGAGCCCCCUUGACGUGACCAUUUUUCGGGGACCAAGGUUUCUCUACUGGUUUAGUAUCUCUAGGUUAUAAAUAAAAAAUGACCGGGGCGGGGGAACCUCCGGAAAAAGAGCAGAACAAUGUUUCAAAAACCUAGAAUGGCAGCCAUUUUGAAAUUCAAGAUGGCCACUGUAAAUUGGUCAAAAACGAAUUAGUAUAAUUCCACCCAAUUGUAAAUUGGGUGUUUAAUCAUUGGGCUCACUGAGCCCAUUAAACGUUGUUUCAAACAGCUAGGAUGGCAGCCAUUUUGAAAAUUUUGAAGUUAGCCGCCACAAAAAUCAUCGAAUCGUUUUGGCAAUUAAUUCCACUUCUCGUUGAAAAAUGCUACAUUAUCUCUUACCAUGUUAUUGGGCACUAUAAUUUUAAUAGGGUCUAAACAUGGUGUGAAAAAGCUAGGAUGGCAGCCAUUUUGAAAUUCAAGAUGGCAACCACAAAAAUGGUCAAAAUAAAUAUUAUUUUUUAUUAAUAGGCUACACUUGUUUUAAUGCUAAAUAGGUAGAGAAACCUUGGUCCCAGAAAAAUGGACACGGGGGACCCUGAUUUUCACUAUAUUAAAUAGGCCUGUCAGAAAAAAUUUGGUGUGGUCCGGCACCCCGGCCAAAAUCGGUUCGCCGGACAGAUUUUGGCUUUAAAAGGUAUUGCCAAAUAUAGUCCACAUAAGCCAAAAUCGGUCCGGCAUUUAUUUAGUAGUUAUAACCUGUAUUUGUUAACGUUGUAAAUGCUCAUAUUUGUUUUUAUUCAAAUGAUAGAUAAAUAUCUCUUUAUAACUCUUAUAAUAUUUUUUCAUCCGUUAUGUAUGUAAUUGAGUACUUUGUAUACAGCCACCAAAAUUAAUAUUUUAUUUUCGCGCUUCGCGCCCAGUAAACCUUGUAUUUUUUUUUUUUUUGUCUGCUUGCUUUAACGCCGCGACGAAAUACAUGAGCAGUCAUUCCAGUUAAAUUACUGACCCCUUUAUUUUCAUGUAAUAGAACAACAUUGUAUGAUCUAAUACCCUACACAAUAUUAUGAAAUAUUUAAAACUAAAAUCAGUCUUGGGACUUUUUUAUUUUAGGCCCAAACCUAGGCGCGCCUAACUUAGCACGGCGGCCGAAAUGAUGCAUGCUGUGUGUCGCCUGGCCUAGGAAAUGCAUUAUCAGGUGUGUUUGAUAAAACACGUCCACAAAAGCUUAAUACAAUUAUUCUGUCACUGCUUAAGAUUUUUCAAGUGUGGGAGAAGCAUAAAUUACUUCCCUCCACUCCACUGGAGAAACAAUCAUACCCUACGGGCAGCAGACGCGUUACAAGCAAGCGGCCAGGCCGACGGACCAAUUUUAUCCAAGGGGGACCGUUUUUAGCGGCUAUAAUCGAUCCGGCGGACCGAUUUUGGUGGCCAGUUUUUUGCGUGACAGGUCUAAUAAGCUCAUCACGUUCACCACAAAAACAAGAAAUUGUUUUAUUUAAUACUUUGUGCAUGAUGUUAAAAAAUACAAAUAUAGAAUUAUUAUGCUCAGUGGGUAUAGGCCUAUGUGAGGUUGUAGCCUAUGCAAUCCAAUUUGUGGCAUGGAGUGCUAAAGUAGCAUCAAAUUCAACAGGGAUUCGUCGAUACUGAUACUAAACAUUAAUUUAAAAAAUAAAUGAAUAUAUAACCGUUCUUCCCCACCUAAAAUUUUGUUGAGAUGUGACGCUAAACAAGUUUUUUUU